AUGGAUUCUGGCAAUGCAAUGUAAUGUAGUUUUCAUGCUGAUCCGAAUGAAUCAUCUUUUCCAUGGAGGUAAAUCUUUGCCCGCUAGGUAAGAGGAUAGCAAGUUACAAAUUCUAUUUCGAUAGAACAUGUAUUUCUAUUACUAUGAAAUUCAUAAAGGAAGUAAUGAAUCGUGCCAUUAUCCUUUUUGUUUUGUGGUGACGAAUCUGGUAUGUGUUCCUAAGAAAGGAAUUUGUCAAAAUUUCAGCGGGGUCUUAAAGGGGUAAAGGGUCGUGGAAACACAUAAGAACUCUUGAAUGGAACUAGAAAAGAGAUGGAACUCCAGCUCCUUCGCGAAUGGGAAGGGAUAUAACACCAUGGAAAUACAUGCCACUCAGCCAAAGAAAUAUGAUGGAAAGUUGGCCGAAAUGAGCGCUAAAUAUUUUUCGAGAGAUCUCCUCCAAAUCACUGGUCUGGCUAUCGAAAUCGUGAGCAUCGGUAGGUUCCAGAUCCAAGUAGUAGUAUCAGGUCCCUUAGCUAGUGUUCUUGAGAAAUGACCAAGUUUAGCCUAUUCCUCGAAAGAAGUUUUUAUGGGAUCCCUAUCUACCAAAAUUUUGACUUCUUGUUCCGGCGAACGAAUAAUCAUUGAGUCUUCUUCUUUCCAGACAACACAUACAAAGAGACCCGCCAACAGUCAAGAAGUUACUGAACCUAUGAGAAAUGUUUAGAAUUAGUUUUUUUUUCUUCUAUCUCUCUUCUAUUGCUUUUUUAGUUCUUCACUAGAGCAAUUAUGUUCUAGAAGUCAAUCCGGGGCAAGUGUUCGAGACAUAUAUGGUAGAAUCGUAACCAUAGAAUAUGACCCUAAUCGAAAUGCAUCCAUUUGUCUCAUACACCAUGGGGAUGGUGAGAAGAGAUAUAUUUUACAUCCCAGAGAGGCUAUAAUUGGAGAUACCAUUGUUUUUGGUACAGAAGUUCCUAUAAAAAUGGGAAAUGCCCUACCUUUGAGUGCGGUUUGAACUAUUGAUUUACGUAAUUGGAAGUAACCAAUUAGGUUUACGAUGAAACCUAGAAAUCGAUCACUGAUCCAAUUUGACUACCUCUACAGGAUAGACCUCAACAGAAAACUGAAGAGUAACGGCAGCAAGUGAUUGAGUUCAGUAGUUGCUCAUAUAAAAUUAUUGACUCUAGAGAUAUAGUAAUACAGCGAUAACACUAGU